GCUUUGUAUCCGCAGUGAUGGGCUUUUGCUCACAGCGCCCUCUGCUGGCCGGGUGCGAAACUGCUGAAUCCGGACGUAACCAACGCCUAGUAGCACGGAGGAGCGAUGCAGACAAUAAAAUGUGUGGUGGUCGGGGACGGAGCUGUUGGGAAAACCUGCCUCCUCAUCUCCUACACAACCAACAAAUUCCCCUCAGAAUAUGUUCCCACGGUGUUUGACAAUUAUGCCGUCACUGUUAUGAUUGGAGGGGAACCCUAUACACUGGGCCUUUUCGACACAGCAGGUCAGGAGGAUUAUGACAGACUGCGGCCACUCAGCUACCCUCAGACAGACGUCUUUCUGGUCUGCUUCUCUGUCGUCUCGCCCUCCUCCUUCGAGAAUGUCAAGGAGAAGUGGGUGCCGGAGAUCUCCCAUCACUGUCCUCGUACUCCGUUCCUGCUGGUGGGCACCCAGGUGGAUUUGAGGGAUGACAGUAAUACUGUGGAGAAGCUAGCCAAGAACAAGCAGCGCCCCCUAUCAUCUGAGAGUGGAGACAAGCUAGCCAAAGACCUCAGAGCUGUGAAAUAUGUGGAGUGCUCUGCCCUCACGCAGCGAGGACUGAAGAAUGUGUUUGACGAGGCCAUCCUUGCAGCACUGGAGCCUCCAGAGACUAAACCGAAGAAGCGCUGUGCUCUGCUGUAGAGGAGGGCAGGGCUUGAGGGACACACUCCAGAGAGAGAGAGAAAGAGAGAGAGGUGGAGAGUACUGUAAGGGAUUUUGGGCUGGGAGAAAAUAUAUUGGCGAAAUUUUAGAAAUAAUGGAAACUGCAAGGAGACAGAAAACAAAACAAAAAAAAAAGACUGAGGGUGGGAUUAACAGUGUAUUUGAAAUGUUAAAUAAAAACAAUUGCACAUGGUGCCUUCAAAAUCUUACACAAUGGCAAAGACAAAACCUGACACUUGAAUCAGCAGCUCUUCUGCUUUCUUAAGCUAGAAAAUAAUACAGUAGUUGUGAACAGCGGGAGCACUUUAAAUGGGAUUGCAUAUCGUAGACCUGAAUCUCCUUCAGCUGCACGUUGGCAGCUCUUUGUUGAGAAACAAUUUAAAGCCUUUUGAUCUCAUUUUGCAAUGUUUCACAAUGCCAACCAUGGACUAGAGCAGUGUUUCUCCAUCCUGGAUUUGGCACGCUCAUGCCCUGCACAUUUUAAGGUGUUUUUGUGCCUAAAAGUCUGGAUCAGAGUUUGAACCAUGGUUGAGGCUUUUCAGACUAUUUUCUUAUAUACUGGACUGAUUAGUUUUGGUCAAACUGCAGUUUAAUGAACACACACAAAAAUUGCCAAAUUGCCACAUCCUGUCAUCAUGUACGGGGGCUAUGUCUUCCAGUAUUUGACAUUCGUUGGUUUGUAGACAGUUGUCAGCUUGGUGAGUUGCCUUAUGAGAUGUUGUACCGAAUUCUGUCUCCCUGACAGAUUUCGACUUGGAUUCAUUUUAUUCCUGUUUAUAAAUAAGUCUACAGUUCUAUAGUUACAGUAGAUACAGCAGCAUCAGCAGCAUACUCUUUGUUGCCUGUACUGGUCUGCUGCAUGAUGGGUAUGCAUGUGAAGUGUAGCUAGAUUCCAGCACAAGAUCAAUUCUUUUUCAUUUUCUAUUAUUUAAUGGGUGAGGAUAGCCUGCUGCCUCAGCUUCCUGUAAUUAGUCUGGAAGUCAGAAUCAUCUAGAAACAAAGUGGUGCAUGUUUCAGUUGAUUCAGACAAAGAAAUCUCUUUUGGUAAGACCAAAUAUUGGGAUUUAAGGGGUCUUAAUUAGCGGAUUAAAAUAAUCAUGUAUGUUAGGAGUAGGUAAAGUAAUAUAUGUGCAGGGCAGAGGUGGUACCAGGACCAGAACUGAGAAACACUGGGCUAGAGAAAUGCAAAUGCCUUGUAAUAGUAAUUUACGAUUACCCUGGAGUGUAUUGAGCUCUACAGUGUUUAGCCUGUGAACAGAAUGUUUGAAAAUUUGAAAAAUGCCUCCUACCCUUCUAUACACAGCCAUUGAAGAGAUUUAUUGGGGAAAUGCUCUUGUCAUAUUACUAUAAAUACAGCCAGAGUGUACUUACGACAGGUUUACACACACUUACUCACUCCAACAAAUAUUUACACUAUUGUUUAAUUAAAUUUACAGACCCUUUAUGCAGAGCCGCAGAACUGAAUCUUUCAGUAGAGCCUUUAAACAAGACUCUUUCAUUUACUGUGGAGCUCAGGGUUUUUUUUCCCCUCAAGGUUGUAUAAAGAAUUAUCUUUAUAUAUCUCUAUAGAGAUAAUCUUAUUUUAAGCCACGAUUGGUAGCUGUAGGUGUUUAAAGCUGUGUGAUAUUAACAGAGAGCUCAAUACUUCCAUGUGUACUGCUGUUUAAAAAAGGCACUCUUCAUGUAGUACCAAAAAACACAGUCUGAGUGGUGCUGCAGCUUUGGCUUGAAAGCCGUACUGUAGUAAAGGCAUGCUUUAGCGUAUUUCAGUCUAAUCACGAUUUGACACAUCUCGUAAUAAAGAUUAUCACAGACCAAAAAAGGAGAGAAAAUCUGCUGACAGCAUUUGGUAAAAUACUAUUAACUCUGGUAAGCUAAUUUGAUCCCUUAGAGUACAGAGUAUUUUUCUUUUUGUACAAAGAGUUUUUUGAAUAUUGCUGCUUUCUUUGUUCAUUUUGUCAUUGUUUUUUCUUUUUACAUCAAUAGGUCACUGGAUUAGUAGAUCGUAGUAGACUUCCAUUUAAAGUUUUUUUUUUUUUAGAGAUACAAAGUUUUUGCAAUUAACUAGCCAAAUUAAGCAAUUGGCCAGUGAUUUUCUACUAAUAAAAGUCAUUUCCGUGAGCAAGGUUUUUUUAAGCUAUAGUGGAGAGAAAAACAUAUGUGUUACAGUUUAACAGAUCGUGAUUAGGUUAAAAUACAUUGUGGUGUCCUUUUAAAAGUCUUACCUUUUUCUUUUGGGGUGGAUACAUUUAACGGUGAUACGUUUUGAAACUUGAGGUUUUUUUUAUGAUUUUGUUUUUGAUAGACCUAUAUUUUGUGAUUUACUGAUAAUAUAACAGUUUGAAAUGUGCUAUUUUGAAUAACCAUUUUAACAACAGUCAAAAGUGUAGGGGUGUGAUGUUUUAAUUUCACUAUAUUUGUAAUAAAAGAGGUGCAACUGACAUAA